ACGGUGAAAUCAGAGCAGAUUUGGAAAACCAACAAGUAUCGAACAGUCGCCGUAUUUAACUUGCUUAUUGUAGAAUACAAGGCAACAAUGAAACCAAGACCCAUUGCCAUCUUCCCUUUACACUUUACACUUGAUAAUCGAUAGAAAACCUUGUUUUAGGCAUCUUCGUCUAUCCCGUGCGUUUCGUUUUCCUUUUUCAUCCAAAUGAUUAUGAACAUUCGAAGGUCAAUCCAGGGAUCCUUUCCCGCACAGAUCUGAUUUUUCUGACAAAGGCUUUGUUCACGUCGAACCUCGCCCAACAUUAUUUUUACUUUAUUUUAUUUUAUUUUAUUUUGAUUCCCUUGAUUCCCAUUUUUGCAUUCAGUAAGAACAGCCUCAUUCUUCAUUCGUCACGUCUUGAUUCUCAAAUACCCAAUCUAAUCCAUGACAUCCUCCGAGGCAUUUGACAGCCUCUGUCAAAGGGUCUUCAUGACCUCAACCGACUCGACCAGUCCCGCUUCUGAUUCAACUCCUCCUGAAGAAACUGCUCUCAGUCUGAUAAUUCGAGCGCAAGUCUACGAGUUGCCCCAGUCUUUAGCCAAUUCUCCUGCACCAACAGUCGCUCCUUCUCUUUCCUCUCAAAACAACCAGGACCGUCUUUACUAUCGAAUUCAUCUCGAGAUCCUUGAUGCUACAUUACAAGGAAAAGUCCGUCAGAUCCUGGUCGAUACUAUCGAUCCAUCUAGCCUGAUAGAACUACCUUUUGAUAGAAACCUGACCGGUUAUUCCUCAAAGACUCGGACAGAAACACGCCAAGCACCUUUGGAAUCAUCAGUGGUGCUCGAUAUGGAUGGGUUAACAACAACAACAUCAUCGGAAGAAACAGCAGAGGCCCAGUCAUUACCCUCUACCAUGCUUCUGCUUCCAACCAAAGAGUGGUUGCAAUUGACAGGCAGGAUCCGAUAUUGGAGAGCGGAAUCCCACCGUGUCAAGGCUGCUCAGCGUGAAAUCGUCCUGGAUAAUUUAUUAAAAGAACGUUGGAUAGAUCCCUCAUCACAUCAGCUGGCCGCCAUCUCCGCAUCUCCCCCAUCAUCUGGAUCGUUUAUUGCGGCCAAUAUACCCCAAGCCUCCUUGCCAUCAUCACCUUCCCCGUCUGCUUCCUCAUCUUCUGCAACUUCAGUCCCAUCGAGCUCCCCUAUAUCAUCCCUGCGCUUUCAAUCUUCCCCAUACAAGCAUACCUUUCAGGAGCAUCAAUCAAACAUUUUGGUCCAGUUCAUGACUCAAUAUGGCGAAGAACCCUCGGUGACGUCGUUGCUUCGCGGACUACUUGAUCUGAUCAGGCGUCAACUCACCCUGGACAGGGUGCUCAUAUGGACAUUUGACCGAGCCAACUUGACAGAACAAAAACCAGAGGCAACUGUAGCGUUUUUAGACUUGCUAGCCUGCUUGGGCAUGGAGCUUGUAGAACGACCGGAUGAAGCAACUCCAGCAGUCGUCCCCGAGAUCGCAGGAACAAACUCCAUCGUCUCUGCUACUUCUGAAACAACUGUUGUUGGCUCCAGUUCAGGUGCAGGUACAGGUGUUUCAGGAUCUAAUAACACUAAAAAGGACGAUCUAUCAACAGAAUUGAUGUGGACAUUUGGAGCUAAAAUCGAUGAUCGUAGACUCGAGUACUGGGUUCAUAAUAUCCAACAGGCCACCUUGCCCUCACCUAAACUGGAUGGUCUGUCUCUCUUACCAUCCAGUGUUACAGUGGUCAAUAAUAACGAUAGCACUGCUUCCAAAUCAGGAUUAAAUCAGACUGAACAUCACCCGAACCCAAUCCCUAUUGUAGUUCGGAAACGUUUUCUUCAGGACCGUAACACCAUACCCGCCGGACGUAUUCAGGUAUUGACAACGGCUCACAAUAACAGCCAUAAUAAACCCAUGGUGACACCACCACCACAACAACAAGGAGGAAGAGAAGGAGAGGAAGAAGCAAGUGUUAUGCGUGAUAAUUCACUAGUUCUGAGCUCAUCCAAGUACGCCCUGGACUCGGCUGGCUCUCAAUCAUUGAUAUCUUCCCCAGGGAUGUUUGUUGAACGUGUCAGAAAGGAUAUUAAACAUCUUGCGAGAUGGGCAACGACUUGUGGAGGUCGGUUGGAUUGGAUUUGGGCAUGGUUGUUCUCAUCCAUCCAAAGAUCAAGACAUCGUUCGACUACAGAACCAAGGCCACCUCGUUCUAACGAUGAGAAUGUUUAAAAAAAAAAAAAAAAAAAAAAAAGAAAAAAGAAAAGAAAAGGAUAUAUUUUUAUACAAAUGUUACAUUUAGAAAAUUAUACGCAUAUACCAUUUUGCUCAUUACAAAAUAAAUUCAAUUAAAGCAGUC